AUGGAUCAGACAGCCGCUGUCACAUCUGGUAGCAGCUCUGCCAGCUCUUCCUCCAGCCAAACUGCCAGUCGACGCAACAGCUUUUCAAUUCUAGAAAAGCCGUCCACCGGCGUCUCGGGCCUUUCGUCGACUUUCUCCAGCUUCUCUUCGUCCCGAGUCUCUCUGUUGCCGAUGCCCGUCGUGACCACUGCCGCUACCUCCGCUAUCGAGGCCGCCAAGUCUUCUUUUCGCUGGCUGCCAAAAUCCCGCAUCUCUCUUCCUUACUCUCCCCUCUCUUCCAGGACGAAUCCCCCAUCCUCUCCCCGUCUGCUGCUCGGCAACUACUUUUACCGACGUGUUGUUGUAUGGGGGACGGCUCUGGUCGCUUUGUUAAUACUAGCAUUGGUGGUCGGGAAGCACAAACACCCUGAGGCGUUCAGCUUCCGCCCGUCUCCAGAUGCAGGAUCGUCUGACAGCACCAAAGCCGAAGCCGUCUGGCUAAAUUACACUCGGCUCAACGGUUACUACAAUGGCAUCCGAACGCUAGUGCCCAUUGGCGAAUACCACGCAGAGUUUCCGACGGCGGAAGACCAAGAGCUGGCGCUUCAAGAGAUCUCGACUGCAACUGUCACGGGAGAGCAGCUCGCGAAGAGGGCUGACGACACUCUCUCCGGCACCGAGCCAACCCCUCAGACGGAUUCCUCUGCGACUGUACCUUUGAACGCGGCGUUCCCUGAUCCGACUCCUUUCCACGCCCAGCCCGACUACAACUCGUCCGAUUAUCGCGCCAAGUACUAUCCCGUUCACCGUUGCUAUCUGGAUGCUGCUGGGUUGGUACCGGUGCCGCACAUUUGGGCAUACGCAGGCGUACCACAAAACCAGCCCGAGCCCCUCCUAGGCUCGCACAAAUUGCUCGGCCUGCGCGACGAUGUCUGCUUCGAACGCUAUGGUCGCUAUGGCCCCUACGGCAUGGGUUACAGCAAAGAAGAGGGCGGAUCCGGCCAGGGUCUCGACGUUGAACGUGAGGGAAGCGAGCGCAUCUGGGCGGCAUCUUCCAGCGGCAAGAUCGAUUACUCGAACGUCAACUGGGCGGAUGCACAGAAGCGCUGUUAUCAGACGAAUGCAGAACGCUUCGUCGCUGCGGACGAUAAGAUAUCUGGUGCCACCGAGUACGCCCACAUGAGCAGCGAGCUGCAUAUGAAGAGGGGCCAGGAGGAGACUGCCUCGCCUGUCACAGCUUCCAAUGCGACCGAAACCGCCGAGGCUUCUUCUGUAACACCGCCCCCCAAUCCGCUCCAGAAGCUGGAACGGAUAGCUAUCGUGGUUCGUUGCUAUGCCGGCUACAAAUGGACGCCGCACGCUGUGAUCAACUUCCGUGCCCUAAUCGCGGAAGUCUCUCUCCAAUCAGGUGGCGAAUACGACGUGCACAUCCUGAUGGACACCCGCGAUGACAACCUGCCUAUCUGGGCAGAUGAGGAGACGGCCGAGCGCGUCAUAGCUGACAACGUCCCGCUCGAGUUCCGCGGCCUGGUCACUCUCUGGUCUGUGGCACAGAUGCGGCUGCUGUAUCCCGGUAUGAACUACCAGCCGGUGUUCGAGAACCCGUCUGACAACGACAUCUAUGGCGUGUACCGCUCGCCGCAUCUGGCUCUGCAGCACUUUGCUCAGCAGCACCCAGAGUACGCCCACUACUGGAACUGGGAAAUGGACAUGCGCUUUCUGGGCAGCUACUACGAGUUCUUUGACCGUCUCGGCAAGUGGGCAGAGGCGCAGCAACGCCGUCGCAUCUGGGACCGCUCGUCCAAGUUUUACAUUCCUGCUCUGCACGGCUCUUGGGACAACUUCACCGCGCUUGUCGACGCUGAGGCACAUGAAGCUGGCCGGCCCUCCAUUCUGGGCGAGGUCUUCUUCGCCGGCCGCUCUGCCACGCGCGACGAGGAGCGCGGCAUCUCACCGCUUCCGGCACAAGGAUGCGAGGGAGCUGUGCUGAGCAGCUUCAAUCGGACCAGCCCUGACCACAAUGCCACGACGGCCGGUUCUGGCCGGACCUUCUUUGCCGAUCGGAACAACAACUACACCGAUAUCCCGGCGAUGUGUGGCGUGGGCGAGCCGGCUGACCUGAUCACGCUCAACCCGCUGUUCGACUCGGAAGACUCGGGCUGGGUUUUUGCCAACGACGUCACGGGCUACAACCGAGACUUUGCUGUGCCGCCGCGUCGCACAUCCAUCAUCACGGCUUCCCGCCUCUCACGCCGCCUGCUCUUUGCCAUGCACGAGGAGACCUGGCGGCUGCACCACGGCAUGUUCGCCGAGAUGUUCCCGCCAACCAUUGCGCUGCACCGGGGCUUCAAGGCGGCUUACGCACCGCACCCUGUCUAUGCCGACCGUCGCUGGCCGCUGGUUGCGAUGGAGCGGGCCCUCAACGCGGGACCCGAUCACUCUUCGGGCGCCGGCCGUGACUCGCCCUUCAACCAGAGCAAUGAACACUAUUUCCGUGGCCUGACGUGGUACUACAACUCGGAUUUCGCUGGCCGCAUGUGGCGCCGCUGGCUGGGAUUCCUGCAGCCUCUCGACGACCCAAGAGCGCCGAAGCCGCUGAAGAGCAACGAUACCAUGGCCCAGAGCCUGUCAGGUCUCGGGGGUGGGCCUGGAGAGGAGAUGCGCGAAAGUGGACGGAUGUGCAUGCGCAGCGUCCUCGUGCAUCCGAUCAAGUUUGAGAGCCUUGAGGAGAUCCUGCCAUGA